AGAUUCUUGGGGUGAUCGAGGCUUACAAGCGCUGUCUGCCCCAGAUCGAGCUGUACGGCCCCACCAAUGUGGCACCCAUCAUCAACAAGGUGGCAGGACCUGCAGCCGAAGAGGAGAAAAGUGGCAAGCCCACGAAGUACCGCGUGCUGCUUAUCCUGACCGAUGGGGUGGUGAGCGACAUGCCCGAGGCCUGCGAUGCCGUUGUGCGGGCCUCCCGUCUGCCUCUCUCCAUCAUCAUUGUGGGCAUUGGGAACGCCGACUUCUCUGACAUGCGGGAGCUGAAUGGGGACCGCGGGAUGCUGGAGACGGAGGAGGGCCGGGCCGUCCGCGACAUUGUGCAGUUUGUGCCCGUGAGGGAGUUUAAGAAGGCUGGCCCCAAUGCUCUGGCCAAGACCGUUUUGGCUGAAGUCCCCAAGCAGGUGGUGGAAUAUUACGGGAGCAAAGGAAUCCCCCCGGGGACACAGAAACCGUCCUCGCCACUGCCCCAGUGAGACCCCUCCCCACAA